CCUUGAGGAAUUCAAGGUAAGGAUAAGCAGUAUUGUCUUGGUGCUGGCAACUAUAGUCGGAAAAUCUUUUGUCCAUAAUACGCAAGUACUGAAAAAUUCAAAAUGACACGUAUAGGAGUGUAUACGUUCUUACUGGCGGUAUACUGCGUCCAGCAGAAUCAAGCUCUGUUUAUCGUUAAAGCUGAGAAUAGCAUCAAUACUGGUAAGGCAGUGACUGAAGCUGAGGCCUCGUCUGCCUUCCACCAUCAGCUGGAGGAAACGCCAGCCCAGAGUGCCUGCAACCUAACGACGGAGCUGGUGGCGGAAAUCAAGGGAUAUCAAGAAGACGUGAAUAAAAUCAUCGAUUAUGUGGUGCACGGAGACUACAAGGGUCAGACCUACAAGAUGCUGGCCGAGCUGGUUGAUACCUUCGGUCCACGGAUGACUGGAUCGGGACAACUGGAAGCUGCCAUUGACUGGAUCCUAAAGGUGUCAGAAACUGCAGGUCUGGAGAACACUCACACGGAAGAUGUCGCUGUGCCUCACUGGGUCAGGAACACGGAAUCGGCCUGGAUGACUCUCCCUCGCCUCCACAAGCUGAAUGUGCUGGGUCUUGGGAGCUCGGUGGCCACCCCGCCCGAGGGCAUCAAAGCGGAGGUCCUCGUCGUGAAGGACUUCGAUGAUUUGAAGACGCAUGCAGACCAAGCGGCUGGCAAAAUCGUGGUGUUCAUCCCGGAGUGGGUGUCCUACGGGGUAACAGUUGCUUAUAGAACAGAUGGAGCUUCUAAAGCAGCCGAGGUUGGUGCCGUGGCUGCCCUCAUACGUUCAACCACGCCUUUCUCUAUCAACUCUCCCCACACGGGGCACCAGCAGUACACUGACCUCAACCACACUAUUCCCACCGUCUGCAUCGCCGUUGAAGAUGCAGAAAUGAUGUUGAGGAUGCAACAAAGAGGUCAAAAGAUGGAGGUACACCUGACAAUGAGCGCCCAGACCUACCCAGACUUCAUCUCCAGGAACACCAUCACGGAGGUGCUGGGUCUCCAGUGGCCUGACGAGGUUGUAGUGGUGUCUGGGCACUUAGACUCCUGGGACGUGGGGCAGGGGGCCAUGGACGACGGAGGUGGAGCCACGAUCUCCUGGAACGCCGGGGUGGUGUUGCAGCAGCUGGGUCUCAGACCAAGGAGGACCCUCAGGACCAUCAUCUGGACAGGCGAGGAGCAGGGUCUUUACGGUGGUCUGGCCUACUACAACAAUCACGUCAACGAGAGUGACAAGUUCCAGCUAAUACUAGAGUCGGACGCCGGGACGUUCUCUCCGCUGGGCCUGGCCUUCAGCGGCAACCAGGAGGCCACCUGCAUCAUCCAGGAGGUGUUGAAGCUACUGCAACCCCUCAACGCUACACAGGUAGUCAGUCCCAUGGAUGGAGGACCAGACAUAGAAGAAUGGCAGAAAGCUGGCGUCCCAACAGGUUCACUGUACACUGAGAGUUCCAGGUACUACUGGUUCCACCACUCUGACGGUGACACCCUCACUGUGGAAGACCCGGACGAGCUGGACCGCUGCCUUGCCGUCUGGACCUCUCUGGCCUACGUUGCUGCUAACAUUACCCACAGGAUUCCACACUCGCCCGUAGCAGAUAAAUAUAGUAUUCAAGGGGAAGCGCUUAACCUAUGAGGAAUGGGGGACCAUCGCAUAGUUUUCAGUUCACCUGAAGUCUAUCACCUCACCGAGGUCCCACAGUUGCCCAACUGGAAUUGAUAAUGAAAACCAUGAACGUCCUGGAAGACAAUAAUUCAAUUCCACUUUGGAUAAAAUGUUGAAUAAUAAACGUUUUCCCCCUCUUACAAA